AUGAGUACUACGUCACCGAGUCAGGAAGAUGAUGUCAAGCCGGAAGACUCGGUCAGUCAGUGCAGCCAUACGACAAGCACCUCGUCCAGCAGGAGAGCCAGAAUGGAGGCCAUGGCGAGGAGUGCCGCACUUCAAGCCGAAGUUGAAGCUCUGAAAGAACAACAAGAGCUUGAGCUACAGGAAUUGAGGCUCCAACAAAGGAGAACUGAGCUGCAAAUGAAAACCAAGCUCAGCCGUGCCCAAGCGGAGGCAAAAGUUUAUGCCCAGUUCGAUGGUGAGAAGACAGGCAAAGUUACUCCAUCUCCGUCCACAGCAUCUUCCCAUGUUGAAGACUCCCCAUCGCAGCCCGAUCCAUCACCGCAUGAUGAUGACACGAGCGAUGACACAGUCCCAUACCCCAUUGAAGAUGAUCAAUCAUCGACGCCACAAGAAAUGCCACCCCCUGCUGAAGCCAUCAGCGAGAUGUUGCAACAAUCAAGACAACAGCAGCAGAGCCUCAUUGAGACAUUGCAGUUACCGAAAGCUGAGCUGAUGUGCUACGAAGGAGAUCCCCUAAAGUUCUGGGAAUUUUGGAGAGCUUUCGAGGUGAAUGUAGACAGCACAACGAUAAGUGCCGCUGCCAAGCUGACAAGACUCCUUCAUUACUGCAAAGGAGAAGCACGCAGAGUGAUUCAAGCAUGCUCUGUGAUGGAGUCGACACAAGGUUACGCACGAGCUAAAACCUUGUUGAAGGAGAGAUUCGGAAACAAAUACAAAGUUGCUGAUGCCUGGAUGAAGAAAGUCACCCGAGGCCAAAGAGUGUCACCCCAUGAUGGAAAAGCCAUCAGAGAGAUGGCAGACGAGCUGAAAGUCUGCUACGAAACCCUCCAGGCUAUGGGCUACGAAAACGAGAUGGCACACCAGAGUUUCCUGAGAGACAUUGUUGAGCGUUUGCCCAACUACUUGCGCUAUCGAUGGGUCCGAAAGGUCAGAGAUCUCGAAAGGAAAGAAGAUCGAAUGCCGAAGGUGAAGGAUCUUGUGGCCUACAUAGAUGACAUAGCAGAAGAAGAGAACAACCCUGUGUAUGGCGCAUCUACUUGGGAGAGAAGCCGUGAUGUUCCUCAGAAGAGACGCACUCAGCCACGACAGAAGGGGACCUUUGCAGUGGCAUCUGCGCCAGAAAGAGAAGUCACCAAAGAGUGUUCUCUAUGCAAGGGAGAACACACCCUUUUUGGUUGCCAGCAGUUCAAGGCAAAGUCGCCACAAGACAGGCUGAGUUAUGCCAAGAAAGAGAGAUUAUGCUUCAACUGUCUGCGCAGAGGCCACUUAACAUCAGCGUGCAGGCUCAACAGGACAUGUACUGUUUCUGGUUGUGGAAGGAAACACACAAAAUUCCUUCAUAUCCCGCAGACAGUGCAACAGCAUGAAGGACCACCGUCACAAGCCAACACUUCACUAGAUGCCCCGGUACAGAAUAGCUACGUUGAUUCAGCCACUGAAGCAAGUUUCAGUAACGUCACAGGGGCCGGCAGGACCGUGCUGCCAAUUGUCCCUGUUCGAGUGAAGGCUGUUGGAGGCAGUGUCUUCAUCCGCACCCAUGCAUUGUUGGACACUGGUUCGACAAAUACAUUUUGUACCGAACACUUGGCAAGACAGCUUGGAGUUGAAGGGGCCAAACAAAAGCUCAACCUGACAACACUUGACAAGAUGGGCAGCUCCAUAGACACCACAAGAGUGAACUUGAUUGUGGACUCGGGACCAGCCACGGACCAAAUAGAGUUGCCAAAUGUGUUCACUAAACACAAGAUCCACAUUCAGAGUACCCAUAUGGCCAAGAUGGAAGAGAUAGCUGGACUACCCUACCUGCAGGGUAUUGACCUACCGUUCGCAAGAGACAUCGGCCUGGAAGAACAUGUUCAUAAGUUUUGGAAGCUGGAAGCAACAGAUACGCUACAUGAUGACAGAGGCAUGUCAGUGAACGACCAAAGAGCUCUGGAGAUGUGGAAAGGUGGAAUAAGCAUUGAUGGAGGACAUUAUCAGUUGCCAGUGCCAUCCAAGCGUCAUCCUCCACGCCUACCAAAUAAUCGAUGGUUAGCAGAACAGAGGUUGCAGAGUCUUGCAAGAAAGCUCAGCAAAGAUGACAGUCUCCGUCGUAAGUACCAAGAAGGCAUCGAGGACUUACUCAAGAAGGGGUAUGCUGAGGAAGUAGAGAAACAAGAGUGUCAGUCUGAAGAUCGGGCUAUAUGGUAUCUUCCUCAUCAUCCGGUUUUCCACCCCAUGAAACCCGACAAACUACGCAUCGUGUUCGAUUGUGCAGCUAAGAGCGGAGGCGUGUCUCUCAAUGAUGAAGUUCUGCAAGGGCCAGAUCUGACAAAUAAACUUACCGGAGUCUUGCUGAGAUUCAGACGGGAACCAGUGGCCUUCAUGGCAGAUGUGGAGGCCAUGUUUCACCAAGUUCGAGUGCCAGCGGAAGAACGAGAUGUGUUGAGGUUCCUAUGGUGGCCAUCUGGUGACAUGACUCAACAACCAAAGGUGUAUAGGAUGUGUGUGCACCUGUUCGGUGGAACCUGGAGCCCCAGUUGCUGCAAUUUUGCACUGCGCCAAACAGCCGAUGAUAACCAAGACGAGUUCAGCGCUGAAGCUGUACAGAUUGUGAAGCACAAUUUCUACGUUGAUGACUGCCUGGUUUCUGUCGAGAGUGAAGAGAAAGCUGAGAAUCUAUCAAACGAGCUGAGAAAUCUGCUGCAGAAAGGCGGAUUCAAAUUGACCAAAUGGCACAGUAACAAACCAAGUGUUCUGAAGUCCAUCCCUACCGAGGAACGAUCCAAGCAGUUGAAGGGUCUUGACCUAAACCUUGAUGCUCUACCCGUUGACAGAGCCCUGGGUGUCAGCUGGGAUGUUGAAAGAGACUGUUUGGGAUACAGGUUGUCCCAUAAGGACAAGCCCCUGACGAGGCGUGGGCUAUUGAGCAUUGUGUCAUCCAUCUAUGACCCCCUGGGAUAUGCCAACCCAUUCAUCCUGAGAGCGAGACUACUACUCCAGGAGCUGACAAGAAUGAAGCUGGGAUGGGAUGAGCCAGUACCAGAAGAACAACGACAAAAAUGGCAAGGUUGGUCAGAAGAGCUAGCAGAGAUGAAGGAGUUUGAAGUUAACAGAUGUGUGAAGCCACACGACUUCGGCAGAGUAACAGAAUACCAGUUGCAUCAUUUUGCAGAUGCCUCGGAGAAGGCUUAUGGAGCAGUGUCCUACCUCGUCAUGAAGAACGCAAGCGGUGAGCUACACAGCAGUCUGGUGAUGGCCAAGUCUCAUCUAGCACCAUUAAAAACAAUGACGAUACCCCGUCUUGAGCUUGCAGCCGCAACUCUUGCUGCUAAGCUUGACGUUGCAGUAAAGAGAGAGUUAGAUGUACAGGAACCAAUCUACUCAACAUUCUGGACAGAUAGCACCAUCGUACUGCAGUACAUUAGGAGUACAGAUGGGAGGUUCCGCACGUUCGCAGCCAACAGGAUAGCUACCAUACAUAAUGCAUCAGAAGUAAAUCAGUGGCAUUAUGUAGACACAAAAUCAAACCCUGCUGAUGACAUAUCAAGAGGGAUGUCAGCUGAUGAGCUAAAGAAGAACACAAGGUGGACGCAAGGACCAGAGUUCCUCCUAAUGCCACGAGAAUGCUGGCCGAAGGAACCAGAGGUUAUGGAACCCCUAAGAGAGAGUGAUCCGGAGCUCAAGAAAAGCAAGGAGCAAGUGCGGGUAUUUGCUGUAGAGUCCGAAGAGAGCAAGCCGACGGACAAACUGCUCCAACACUACUCAUCGUGGCACAGGCUAAAGAAAGCUGUGGCAUGGAUUUUGCGGGUGAGAGAGUACUUGCACAACAGAAAAGGAUGUGUGCCAAGUGACGUAAAGAAGCCACUAACAGUAGAUGAUCUUGACAAGGCAGAACAAGCAAUCAUCAGACAUGUUCAGUGGCAAGCCUUCACAGAUGAAUACCAGACACUGAACACAACUGCCAAUCCCGUGAAGAAGUCCAGUCCUCUCUACAGAUUGGACCCAAAAAUCAACAGUGAGGGAGUGAUGUGCGUCGGAGGGAGACUAAAGAACGCCAAAUUGCAGACACAAGAGAAACAUCCAGUAAUCCUUCCAAAGAAAAAUCAUGUCGUCACACUACUAGUCAGAAAGUUCCAUGAUGCAUCAGGCCAUUCAGGAAGAGAACACGUCAUGUCCUUAUUGAGGCAGCGAUAUUGGGUGAUUGGAGGACGAACCACAGUGCGUCAAGUGUUGCGUGACUGCUUUGUGUGUAAGCGCCUGUCAGCAUCGCCCAACACCCAGAAGAUGGCAGAUUUACCUCAAGAUCGAGUGACACCCGAAAAACCCCCAUUUACCUAUGUUGGGGUGGACUGUUUCGGACCAUUUUUGGUCAAGCAAGGUCGGUGUCAACUGAAAAGAUACGGUUGUAUCUUCACCUGCUUAGCCAUCAGAGCAGUUCACAUCGAGGUUCUACACACUCUAGAGACGGAUUCUUUCCUCAAUGCGUUGCAGAGAUUCAUCUCAAGACGAGGCCAACCAGAAGUCAUUCGGUGUGACAAUGGCACAAAUUUCGUGGGUGCCGAGCGUGAGUUGAGGGAAGGGAUCAACCGCUGGAACAAGCAGCAGAUUGAAGAGUAUCUUCUCCAGAAGGAGAUCAGAUGGAAGUUCAACCCGCCAACGGCCUCUCAUAUGGGAGGAUCAUGGGAACGACAAAUACGAACGACAAGAAAGAUUCUGAACACACUGUUGAAGCAACAAGUGCUACAUGACAAAAGUCUUUCCACCAUGAUGUGCUUGGUCGAAUCCAUAAUCAAUGGUCGCCCGCUGACUGUGGUUUCUGAUGAUGUGAGGGACCCUGAAUGCCUGACACCCAACCAUCUCCUGCUGUUGCGCCCAUGCAAUGCCUUUCCAGUGGACGUGUUCGAGAAACGUGACCUGUACAGCCGUAAAAGGUGGCGACAAAUCCAGUAUCUAGCAGACAUCUUCUGGCACAGGUGGGUGCGAGAAUACUUACCUACCUUGCAGCAGAGACAACGAUGGAACAAGCCGAUGAGAAACAUCAUGGCUGGAGAUAUCGUGGUCAUCGCUGAUGAUCUACCUAGAAACCAGUGGUCCAUGGGCAGAGUGGAGGAGAUCUACCCUGGAGGAGACGGUCUGGUUCGGACGGCAAAGGUCAAGACCAAGUCAACCACUCUGGUGAGGCCAAUUCACAAGCUGUGCCUAUUGGAGUCGGUUGCGACGGUGGAGUUCUAUUACAUCAACAUUCGCGUGAUUACUCGAGAAUUCGACCCUCUGGGGUGGAACGAACUCAACCCAGACAGGCCCCGUAGUCAUGUCAGUGACCUCGAACAGGACACGCUCUACCAAGUAGCCGUGUAUGCCAAAAACAGGCAUGGCUUGGGCCCUUACGCAACAGUAGAAACACGCACAAAACGCACUGCACCGUCGCUGAUGGGUAUCAGUGUGUCAUACAGCGUGGUACUAACGACGUUCUUUGUCGCCAGAAUGCCAAAGGGCAACAAUGCCGGAACCUGCUUGCAGUUGAUGGGUUAUGACGAUCAACACAACGAGUGGGAGAGUCUAAGGCCAGCCCUGGACUGCAUUCAGCAUGACGGCGAGAUUCCGUACUCUGGGGUGCAUGCCAGUCAUGUUCAUUGCCGGUACUGCAGGGACUGGGUGUGCGGCAAAGAGUCCCAUGUAGCCCUGGGUAUAGUGUAUUCGUCGACUUCUCCGCCCCUCCAUCAGCUUGACCCACCUGGCAGAACGUCAGAAACGGCGACGCCACUGGGAUGAUAAUCUUGGGCGUGUGUGGCGGUUGCUUGCCCGUGGUUGUACUCAUUGCUUGCUGGUCCUGGCGCAAGUGGUGCUUUAAAACCACCUCAUCAGGUAGGGCAGGUGCCCCAAAAGGGCUGUUGUAUCUACGUAUCUUUCUACCAGAUGUAUAUUUUACCCCUAGAGCCUCUGCCAGUCGGUGCUUUAUUAACCGAUUCAGACUGGCCAUGUGACCAGCUGUUGUCCAAAAGAAAGGAAAGUCUGUGCAGCCUAACGUAUUAAUUACAUAAAUGCUACAUAAGUGUACUCGAAGCACAUUGAAAUGUUCCCAUGGAAUAUGGCAACAGUGACCAUCUACCUGCAAUUUCAUUUACGUGACUUACGUAGUUUUAAUCAUAUAAGAGGAUACAACGACAUGGAAAGGGGUGUAGAUUUUAUCACGAUGGGACAGACGAUAUUCAAUUGUCUCUGGCUAUCCAAAAUGACAGAAAAAACGCCCCUCACAUUUAUGUGGUGAUUUUUCCCCUCUCAUUUCAUAUAAGAGCGUGCUGAAAACACUACCCAGCCAAAUAAGUAAGUACCAAAUAACUGACGGUUAAAUUUCCAUGCACAUUUGAAAAAAAUAACCGAUAUCUCAUCUUACGUAUUUCUAGUAAUGAAAACAAGAAUUCCUCAAAAGUACCACAGGUAUUGUAAGCUCGAAAGCCUGAAAAAAACCUGUAGAGGGGAAGCAAUGAAAAGAAGUUACAAAAUAAUAUUCUGAGGGAAAUCCCAAGAAAUCAGGUAGGGACUGAAAACCCAAUUUACGUGUGGACAUGAAGACGUAUGAAAGUAACUGCGCGCUGAAAACUUCGAACGAUGGCGGCCUAGACAUUUAUUCGUUCUAAGCAACAGUGUACAAUGAAGUGCGAUGAGAUGAUAGUCUCACCAACAGAAAAUUGAUAUCACUCAUCGCUUUUUAGCAUGUAACAUUCAAGACGCCAUACAGGCCUGUGCUCCUUAUUUACCUGUUGCAAGUUCAAAUACUGCCAGUAGUCAACGUACAGUCUGGGUUACUACAAUACGGGUGAUUCACAAUGCAGUGCACUACCAAGAGGUAGUUAUAUGGAGAGGCCCUUUAGCAGUGCAUUAUGGGAUAAAUUGUCGACUAAGUCUCAUUUGCUAACUACGCUGUGAUAAAACUUCAGUAAACGUGGUCGCAACAUAGAUACUUGGAAAAUCACCACCAAUGAUCCUUUGUGCUUUUUCAUCAGUAAAAGGGAAUUGAACCAAAUGAUACAAAAAAA